CACCACUCUCAUGGUGAAGAAAUUCUUCCUAAUGUCCAGCCUAAAUCUGCCCCUCUCCAGUUUAUACCCAUUGCCCCUCGUCCUAUCCCCACAAGCCUUUGUAAAGAGUCCCUCUCCAGCUUUCCUGUAGCCUCUUCAGGUACUGGAAGGUUGCUCUAAGGUCUCCUCGGAGCCUUCUCUUCUCCAGGCUGAACAACCCCAACUCUCUCAGCCUGUUCCUCAUAUAGGAGGUGCUCCAGCCCUUCAAUCAUCUUUGUAGCUUCCUCUGGACCUGUCCUCUGGUCAAAUGACUGUUGUGCAUUCAUUUUGCAGGCUGCCAUGCAGCAGAGCAUAGGAAGAGGAACCAUUCUACUCUUGUGAUCAGAUGUGGAAGGAGGAAGAAUAGAUAGGCAGAAUUUUCUGGGGCUUGUGGAGUUGCAAAGCUGGUCUUAAUAUUCAGUUAAUUUUUUUAAUUUCAGUUCUUCACAACUAUACAGUGACAGCAUAAAUCCAUGAGUAACGCAUUUCAAAGCUCAGGUUUUUGCUUCCCUAUACUUGUGAAGUACAGACUGAAAACAGCUGUUUGAAAUGCAGUGCUUUUUGGGUAUUUGCACAAACAAAGGGUUACAAGUAGUGAGGCCUUCCCAAACCUUCUGCAUUGCAAAAUGCCCAUCUAGCUGACCUGCUGUGUGUUUCUUCCGAGAAUUAAGCACAUCUGGGAGCUCUGGGAAGCAGAGCAAGGCAGGAGUUAUACUAGGUUUACUGUGCCUCAAGGCUACCUCUUUUGGGCAGUAAAUCAGAGAGGUGAUGGUAAAAAUGAGGCGACUCAUUUGACUUCUCUUGACUUCUGAGGAGGAGAGUGUUUGUUUUGGCACUGCUUGCAGAAAGCACAAAUGCAUUCUUGGAUCAGUACCUGGUUCAGAACAAACGGGCUCUUGGAUCGGUACCUGGUUCAGAACAAACGGGCUCUUGGAUCGGUAUCUGGUUCAGAACCAAACGGGUUCUUGGAUUGGUACCUGGUUCAGAAAAAACAGGCUCUUGGAUGGGUACCUGGUUCAGAACAAAUGGGCUCUUGGAUUGAUACCUGGUUCAGAACCAACCGGGCUUUUGGAUCAGUACCUGGUUCAGAACAAACGGGCUCUUGGAUCAGUACUUGGUUCAGAACAAACGGGUUCUUGGAUCGGUACCUGGUUCAGAACAAAACGGGCUUUUGGAUCAGCACCUGGUUCAGAACAAAUGGGCUCUUGGAUUGGUACCUGGUUUAGUAGGGCGUGUGGGGACUCCUUGAGCCUGUUGUGCUGUGGCACACCCUUGCCGAUCCAGGCAGCCUGGUUUCACCGUGGGGCCUGAGGAUACUGCCCAGCUUUGCAGGUGAGGUGGUGCUGCCCUGGGGCUGUACCAUCACCACCCCUGGGUGAGCAACCCCAGCUUGACGGGCCCCGCCUUGUCUGGGCCACCACGAGCAGCUUUCCUGUGGCCAUCUGCGGCCCCAGUGACAGGCGGCGUAUCUAAUCGCGGGGGAUAAGCUGCUUAUAGUGACUCAGUUAGGGUGUGCUCACUGCCGAGCUUUGGGCAUUAAGGGGGAACAAAGCUGUGCGUCUGCCCCAGCGCUUGGAGGCACAGGCGCAGAGCGGGGUGUCUCUGUCCCUGAGGUUCUGGCGAGGUCCAGCAGUGGCUAUCGGAGUGAGUAAGUGCUUAUGAGGGGAGGUGUAGCCUGUGAGCUGUUGGGGAUGCUGAGCAGGGGCCUGGGGCAUGUGCCCCAACCUUGCCAGCUUGAGGGUUGGCUUGAAACAAUUACGCUGGGCUCCCUCCCGCUCGCACCACCACGUCUUGGGGCACUGGCUGGUUCUUGGCUAGCAGCAGGCAAAGGAUGCUGCUGCGUGGCUGUUCCUCAGCUGCCAGAGCAGUAGCUAUCUUCUUUCUGGUAAAGGGCACUCAUGUGUGCCUGUUGAUCUCCAAGUGGCAUCAAGAGGCUCACGUGUUGCCAGUGGUGGUUUGGUCUAUAGAACUGAGCAGUGGGGGAAAAGUCUUGUUUCUAAGACACAUGAAGUGUGAUCUUUGGACCAAUCACUGGUCCCAGCUUGGAAUGUGAAAUGGAUCAGCCUUGGUCUGCAGGGAUGGAAAAAUUACAGUGCUCUGUGUGGUGCUUAAAGUGUUUAUUAUGGGUCUGUCAUUAUCGUAAUGCUAAAAUGGCAUUCACUUGAAACUGCUUGAUUUACUUUCAUGAAUUGUGCUGUUUACUUCCUUUUGCUUACAAAAACAGAAGUACAUUGAUCAGCUUAAUUUUUGUUGGCUUAACUGGAUUUGUUUCAGGUUUUAAUGUGUUAGUGCCUUGCUGCAAAUUGUGUAUAGUGCUCAUGCAUUAAAUGUUUUAGUUAGAAACAUCAAAGCUAAUAUGAAAUCCAUUGGUCAUGGAUUUUGCAGUUCACAAAAUCUGUGCUUUGCCUUCGGUAUCUCUUUUGGCUUUAGAAGAAGUUUUUAAAAUGCACUUCAUAAAAUCUUGUUGCCUUUUGAGUAAGAUUAAUUACUGCUUAAAAGUGGUUACGUUAAAGUCCUGAGUGGCAAUUUUGGGGAGCCAGAUAAAUGUGAUUUUUAAAGGACACUGCCUCUUCCUCAUCUCAAUGAGACUGAAAUUAGGAAUGAGUGAGGUGAAGAACACCGCCUAAAAUAAUUAUGGUGGUGUGUUGAGAACCUGGUAGCUGGCAGAAGGAACUGAAAUGUAGAACUAAAAAAAUCACUAGUUAUCUAGAAAAUAGAUUGUGUCUGGGUUCUUGAGUGUAAAAGUAGUCCUGGUUCCAGGUGUUCAUGGAGCAAAACAACAGCGAUAAGCAUCAUGGUUUCAUGUCCUUCCACAAUUCAAAUCCUUUAUAACACCCUUUUGUGAUACAUUACUAGUUGGCUGAAUGUUCCUGGGAUGCAAGGAGUGCUUCUGCGGAACAGCAGUCCCCUGCAUUGUGUGGUUGUACUUCAUGCAGCAAUAAGCACCCUGAAGAAAGCAGCCACGCUUUGUCCGUUCGCUCUGUAGCAGCCAACUUCUGCUUGUCUGGAAAAAAUAAUGGGCUCUUUCCAUUCAUGCUACACUUGGUGAUGUAUGAAAGGCAGGAACGUUGGUUCACAAGGAUAACAGCAACACUGCAUGACUAUCUCCUGUUGCUUUAAUAAUUCAGUUUACUCCCCAGUUUGUGGUAAUUACUGUUAGCAUUUGAGAAGGACAAGCAGGCUGUUUGCAAACAGCCUCAAGUGCUUUCUUAGGAGACAUUGAGGUAAUGUAGUUUGGAAGCAGUACAAUUUGACAGGAGGGUAUUUGAAUAGAUUUGGAAAAGACAGUGAGCAUUGGCUUCAUAGGCCACGCUGUCUCUUUCUUUUCAGAUUGACCAGGGCUUUUUUAAGAUGAUACAGAUGUGUGUCUUGCCACAAUACCAUUUUCAUUGUUUAAAAGGGGAGGUGGAAAAGAACAGUGGUCAGAAUGACAGAGUUAUUGACAACUUGCUUUUAAAAUUUGAGGGAAUGAAGGCACAGUCCCAUCAAAUUGCACUUACCUGUUAGCAGUAACUUAGGAAUCCGUGUUCUGCAUGAGUUAGAGGUAUAAGCAUCUGACUUGGUGGCUAGACUACAAAGUAGGUCUCCCAUAUAUGCUGUACCCUUCCAGGUUAGGGAUAACGUAAAUUCUCUGGAUGCGUAAACAUAGUUUCAUCCUUCAGUGUGGACAAGAAGAAAUCAGCCUGCAUAGCUUUGAACCUUUGCAGGGCUGUACCAUCAUAUGUGAAAUUUUCACUUGUUAAGCAGUUAAACAGUACCUUGUGUCAAGAUACUGCCUUUCCUGCUGGCCCUGGAGAAGAAAGAAGUGUGGAGUACAUCUGAGCUGGAAUUCCAAUCAACGAAGCAGGAGCAAAGAAACAUUUAGAAGAACGUGAAUGUUGAUCUUUAUUUGGGCACUAGAAGUCGAGUAAACAUUUCUCCUCACUGGCUUGAGGCUGCGGCAUUCAGUGUAACUCCCAGUUCGAGAGCAGAACAAAGCUGGCUGUGUACUGUACCUCUGUCAGCUGGGAAGAAAGAUCCAAGUCUAAGACAGACUAAUCUCUCCUGUCCUUCUCAGCUAUUCCAGGACAUCACUGGUCAGUUCUCCCGUUCCUGCUUCCUGUAGCAGACUAAUCUCUGCUCUAGGCUGCAACAGCAGCAGCACAGCUCAUAGGAUUCCCCAUCUUGCUUUGCCAGUGCUCCCUGCUGGGAAUCUCCCUCAGAGACAUUCACGCUUCGAGGCUUGUAGUUUAGAAGGGAGAAGGAAUGAGAGUAUUGACUUUCCUCGACAACACUGUCAGAAAGCAAAGGCAGCUGCUCCACAUACACUGCUCGUCAUCACUUUCUAGAAAGUAGGAACAGGAAUAGUGACUGCCCAGAAGGAAAACAGCAUCAGCCUCCUGCUGCUUGUUGUAUGGAUCCUGUGAACCCUUCAUUGGUUGAUGCACAUUUGUCAUCUCGUACUGUAGAUUCCUCUCUUAGGCACCAAAUAGUGGCGUGUCCACUUUCAGGGAGGUCAAGUGAGAGUGUGAACGCUCGUCAUAGUUCAGCCCUGACCUUGGGGCAUCUCGAUCCAUCUAGGUUGGAAUCCCUUCAGUCUCUUCGGCAGUCCUCACAGGUUUCUGCUGGCUUACAUUGCACAAGCCAGAGGCUUAAGCAAGAAAGUGCUUUGAUGGGGACAUGGGGCUCCCUCCCUUUGGAGCCCAAGUCUUCUGCGGUCGGCGGCAGUUUGUGCUUUGCUGCUGCUGAUUCAGCUCCUGGGACCUGGAGCAGAGGAGAACAGCUAGCUGGAGUAAAGGCCAGUGCAGCUCAGGCGAGAUUGAAAUGGGGUGUCCCAUUUGCGAAAGGCUGGAGCCUUAGUGCAGUGACAAGGGACUUCAGUCGUGCAGAACCUCUCUCUAUCUCUCACAGAUACAGAUACAUGGACUCUAACACAUGGAGAACCAAAACUUCAGGGGACAUCCAGGAAACCCUUGCUUCUGGGGUGGGCUCUGGUGGGCUAGUGGAUACAGAAGCAGAUCCUUCCUACAAUUGCUCCCCUUAUUUCAGAUGCCAGUCCCGGGCAAAGCCAACUCUGGGAACUGGUCUUUAUGGUCGCGGAAAAAGCCAUUCACCUGUAAAGGUUCUUAAAGGAGAAGAAAGUGGGGCAUCCCCGUGUGCCGUAUCUUGGAAGAAAGACCUUCCAGCCAGUCUGUAUCCAGAGCGUCUGCACGUGUCACUGGAGACAGAUUUGGGGUGUGCUCAGAUGAACAUUGGUGUAGCCAUGUAUGGGACUCCAAGGGAAGUGUGUGUGAGAGUCACUUCUCCUCCUGAAGAGAAAGAGUUUAGAGCAGUUCAGCAGGUUAGUAUUAAAUCUGUAGAAGUCAACAACUCGGAGUCUCGUGUUAAGUACAGUAAAGAAUUAGAAAAAGUAUGUGACUCUAGAUCACGAGCAGCCAAAAGAAUGGCUGUGGUGGGCCCCAGCCAGGCCAGCGCUUCCUGUAUUCCGGUUGAAGAAGCCUUUGGUGAAUAUUCUGGCAUACAUUGUAUGAAUGUAAGCAGAGAAGGAAAGAGAAACGAAUACUCCCACCCAAGCAGCUGGAGGAAUUGCGAAGCGGAUGCCAAUCCCAACCAGUCUGAAGAACCUUCUAUGGAGAGGAGUGCCAAAGAACUGCAGUGCUGUGAGGAAAGGAGCCAGACACACAAUACUGUGCCCAGAGAGCUCUCGGAGAACAGCUUCAGGUCACUGAAGGUGAAUGAGCGCAGUUUCCAGCACUGGUGUGACAGACAAAUGCUAACUAGGUGUUUUCAUGCCUGGAGGGGGCACAUCCUCUGGAAGAGGGCUGCAGCCAGUCAGCUUUACAGACAGCAACUCCUUCGGAAGGGAUUUGGAGCUUUACAGUGGGCUGUGCACCAGAGGAGGAUGCAGCUGGAGGUAGCUCAGCAGAGACUUGCCUCCUCUCUGCUAGCUCUCAGCUUCCGCAGGUGGAAAGAAGCUGUGGAAAAACGGAGCAAGAAGCAAGCUCUGAAGCCUGAGCCGUAUUCUUAUACCCGAAGUUCAUCAGUGGGGUGUUUUGGAGUAGGAAGAUUAGCAACUAUGACAACCUCAGCUCAGCAGCUUACAGUAGGAUACUCAAAGGAAGUUGAGCAGGCUUGUAGGGUGGAGGGAGGACUGUGGACACAGCUUCAUCGUAGGCAGAGAGGAGAUGAGUUCUGCCGGAGAGCUCAAGCCAUCAGAGAUAUGAGGCGGCUAGCGGCUUUCAGACUGUGGCGCCUGCAGAAGGAGCUGCUGAGCAAAGAGGAGGUCUGGUUUUCGGAAGCCCGUGCUCUACUGGAAAGGAAGAAGCUACAAAACAUUUUCUGGGUGUGGCGUUCCCGAUACUUGGAAAAGGAAUGGAUUUUAGCACAGACAAUUCGCAUCCAAAGAAACUUGGUCUCUCGGUACUUCAGUGCAUGGAAUGAGGCUGUUGAGCAGAAGGCGCUUUACAGGUGCAACCUGUCCCAUCUCAGAGCAGUAUUGCUGAGGAAAUACUUCCAGCAGUGGGUUCAGAUGCUGCAGGUCAGAGAAGGUGAUAAGCAGGCAAUGGUGAACUUCUUCCUCCUACGAUGGAGGCAGCAUUGUGGACCGGUUAUAAGCUCUGUAGCUGACAUGGCUGUGACAAAGAGGCAUGAAGAUCAGCCAUUGUGGACUGCAGAGGGAUGGUUUCCUGAGAAAACAUGCUGCAGUCUUGAAGACUUCUGCCAAAAGGUGAAGGUCCAGAGAGUAUAUCUGCUGUGGAAAGCGAGGCUGUGCGAACAUCACAAAGCUGAUUCUUUCUCUCAGGCUUUGGAGCAGUGUAGACUCAGAAAAGCUCUGAAAUUAUGGCACCAAAAGUGUUUCAUGCUGAAAACAAUUGAACAAAGUCCUAAGCACUCACAUGGUCCUGUCUAUGAAGAACCUCUUGCCAUGCUGUUUUCUGAGGACCUCUCAACAUCUUCUGGCUUCGACAGCAGUGCUUCAGCUACUCUGGCCUCUCAAAGCUCUUUGGAAAAGGAAUACAGUUUUAGUGACAGCAGCCAGCAGAGUUUCUCCCCUGUUCUGACUGCUGAGGAUGUCGCACACGUGCCAUGUUACAGCUCUGUCCUGCAACUACACCAGUGUACAGAGCUGCCAGCUGAGCUGGGAGGGGAGCUGUACUUGCAGGCCUCCUUUCCUCCAUGGAGUACUGGAUCUGGAAGAAAUUGGUUUGUGGGAGGUGAGUUCCGGUCUUUGGCACUGCAGAAGCCAGAAAGUACUGUCCAGCCUCUCACCAGUUACCCAACAUCAGAAGAGGACUGCAGUUCUGAUGGGGAGGAUGAGAGUUGCUGGCACCAAGCAGAGAGAUACUUCCUGCAGAGGUACUUCAUUGUCUGGUCAGCCCAGACUCAGCAACUUAUAAAGGCCCAGCAGUACAGCAGGCUUGCUCAGCUGUCUCGAGCCUUUCUCAGUUGGCACCACUGGGUUGUGGAAAAUAAGAACCGAAAAGCAGCAGCAGCCCUAAAAUAUCAAGUUCAUUGCUGCCAGAUGGUUUUCAGCCUGUGGAAGAAGAGACUGGCCCAGAAAGUGGAAGCUGACCAGAGAUUCAGAUGUCAUGUUCACCAGAUAACUGCUGAUGCUCUGUGGCGUUGGCAUUCCUGCUGUGAAAGGAAGCGUGUUAUGAGAGAGCUGCAGCAGCAGUGGGCUCAGCACAGCUGCCGGGAGAAGAGGAGGCUGGUCCUGCAGACAUGGUAUUGCCAAACAAGAAAGAAGAAACACGCUGCUUUAUUCUGGGAACGUCUUCUCUUGCACAGGUGCCUGACUGCCUGGGCCCAGGUCACUGCGUGUAAACUGAGGCAGCACGAAGCCCUGUCUCAUUUUAAAAGGGUCAGAGAACACCAUCUCCUAGUUGUGAGCUUUGCUGAGUGGAGGGUGAAGUUCUUGAGAGCUAAGCAGCAGAUGUGGGAAGAGAGAAACCACCAGUGGCAGGAACCCUCUCAGGGUAAAGCCUGUCACCGCUGGCGACUGGCCUCAAGAGGACAGCAAGCCCUGCGCCUCGGAGCUGUGGCCGCUGUAAAACAGGCCUGCAACUACUGGACAAAAGCAGCUGCCUUUUCCCAGUGCUCCCGGCAGCGCAGUACCCUGAUCGGUGCUAGGAAGAGCAGGAAGCUGUCUCUGUCUUGGUCCAUGAAAAGCAGAAGAGGCAGAGAAGAGGGUUCACCAGCUGCCGCUCUUGGGCUAUUCCCCAGUUCCAUUCGCCACUGGCUGGUGAUGUACAGAAACCAAAACAGGGCCGAAAGGCUGCUGCUCCCUCACAUGGUAAUGAGACUUGAUAUGGUGGGACCUACUCGUGAACAUGCAAGGAACCAGGAGAACAAAGCAGAGGUGGACUUGGAGGAGUGGGAUAAGAAGUGGCUUGGGAGGAAGUAUCUGAGGUGGUGGUAUCACACGGUGAUACUUCACCGGUGCCAGCGUGAGAGGAGACUGGGCUGUCUGGCCAGGGAAUGGCAUCGCUGGAAAGAAACCUGCCGGGUGGCGAUACUGGCUCGGAUGUUGGACCAGCAGCGGCUGAUGGAAAAGGCCUGGAGGGUGUGGAGACGCCGACAUUUGCAAAGCUGUGUGGUGCAGAAUUUUUUGGAGGAGGAAGCCAGGAGCCUGCUAGCUCAGGCCUUUGGAAGGUGGCGCCAGCUAACAGCAUUCCAGCUCAAGGACAAAGGAUGCUGCUGAAUGGUGGGGCCCUGCCUGCAGCUGCUGCUCAUUUCAGGACACGUGGAGGCUACAGCUGGCUGUCACAACAAAGCGCUGGUCCUGUGCAGUCAAGAAAGCGAAGGCUCUGCUCAUGUGAUAAAAGCAGUGCUGCUGGCCAGAGGAGUGAUAGCCAAAGGACAACCUGGAAGAGGUGGUACCUAGUUACAGGUCCUCUUUAAAGGACUGAUAUCCUACCUCCCUAGCAGCACAGAUGGAGAAAUUAUUCCCUUUUGUUGUGAGGUUGCAUUCCCUUCUCUGGACCCUGAUUUUGCUGGAGUUCUGAUUAAAGGU